AUGGCUGAUAUCGUCAAGUUUAAUUCUGAAGACCAGCCUGCGCUGGAAAUGAAAGAGGCUCCUCAUGAAGAGAAGGAGAGACAGCAAGAAAACCAGCAGGAGAUCGAGCACAUUCAAAAAAAGGCGCAUGUGCAAGAGACGGAAUCCCAAGUAUUGCAGGAGGAGAAGGAGAAGGCACCUGGCAAUGUACUGGACGCAUCAGGACAUGUGCAUACAGAACCUCAAAAAGAUGCAUCUGAAGCGCAUCAGCAUGAAGGUGGUAAUGUGUUGCCUGAACAGUCGAAUCCACAUGCGCAUGUUUGGUCCAAUGAUCCCAAUGAGCCAUUUGCCGGCCAAUGGGCACCUUCCAUGACCAAGGAGCCUGAUACUUACGACACGAAAGAAGAGCAACCAACUGCCAAUGCUGCAGACCAUAGCAAACAGAGACGCCAUCACAGACUGGGCAGCCAGUCUUCUGAUCUGGACCGUAUGUUUGAAUCCACCAUGACAGAUUUUAAAAACAUCUUUGACACAAGCGACGAAAGCUUUCCUCAGCAGAAGGAUCACCACAAGCUACACAACCCUACUCCAUUGCACCCAAUUCAGCCUGAUGAAUUGAUCUGGAAUUUGCAGAUCAAGGCCAUUAAAUAUAUCCUGGUUGCGUCUCUUGUGUGCUAUCUGGUCGGCCGCUUAAGAUUUGGUUACAUUAUGGGCAUCAUCAUCAUCUCCUUGUGUGCAUGGGCUUAUUGGAAUCUCGGAAGAACGAGUUCUGCAGGACUGGAAUGGCAACUUGAAAAGCAAGAAAACAUGAAGACUUUGUACACUUCUGAAGGCGAGUCUGUCGAGUGGCUGAAUUACAUGCUAGAAAAGAUUUGGCGCAGUGUGGAUCCAGACAUGUUUGCUGUCGUGGAGGAUCUGCUGGAAGACACAUUGCAAAGCGUCUCGCCUAGCUUUAUCCAAAAUGUAAAAGUUUCUGAUUUCGAUAUUGGUGUUCAAGCACCUCGUAUUCAGAUGAUUCGUGUGUUCCCGCCAUUGCCUGGCCAACCUGAAGAGAGUAUUUUUGGUGAAGCUGCCUUUAGCUUCCAUGCUCAUCCUGUGGCCUCGCUUGUCACCAACCGUAGUCCUAAAGCAACACCUCCUGGUUUAGCUAUUCGAUUCCAGACUGCUCUGAAGGCACCAUUUGAAGUCAAGGCAGAGCUCACUGCAGUAUCCGGAAAGAUCAGAUUCAAGAUUCUAACCUGUCCUGAUUUACCAUUCAUUUCGAAAGCAACCAUUGCCUUUACCAGUGUCCCUAAAAUCGAGACUGGCGUUAUGCCAUUAUCAAAACAUCUGAACAUCAUGAACCUUCCUACCAUCAAGACGUUGGUCAAUGAAGGUGUUAAACUUGGCUUUGCUGACUUGGUGGAUCCAAAGAGUAUGACGAUUGAUGUUAAGGCUCUGGUGGGCGCCUUUGCUCAAGAUACCAAUGCCAUUGGUGUGGUCAAGGUAGAGGUCAGAGAAGCUUCAAGAGACGCUUCGAUCCAAUUGCAAGACAUGGAAGACUCUUAUGCCACGCUGUCUCUCAGCACACAGCCAAAGAAGAGCUCGUCCAGCACGCGUGUCUUGACCAAUGAUAAGAACCCCAGAUGGAACGAGAAUCUUUAUGUACUAGUCUAUAAAGAUGACAUUGUAUCCGAAACUAAGGUGGACGUAAAAGUCUGGGACGCUGAUAAAGUCAAAUUUGACGACAUGUGGGGCUCUGUGUCCAUGUCUGUCAAAGACAUUGUGCAAGGCAAACUGGAUAAGUUGGGCAACGUUUCUAGUUACUGCAUGGAGGAGCGUGUUGUGUUUGAUGGCUGGACCCCUAUAGACGGCAAAGAAGAAAGAAAAUCCAAGGUCAAGCUCAACAUGAAGAUGAGCUUCCAUCCCAAGUAUCCCACUCCCAACAUGGAAAUCUUCUCAGGUGAUGCUAUGGCUAAAAAGAAAAAGUCAGAAGAAGCUCAAAAGAAGGACGAAAAUGAAAAGAGUGCUGUACUGGACGCCCCUGUGGAUGCCGCUCAUACAAAUGGCAUCCUCUCGGUUCAAAUUCACCAAGCUGUCGACUUGGAAAUCGGCGAUCCAGAAGUACUGCCAACCGACGACGAGUUCAAGCAUCCUUACAGUCCCAACAAGGUGGUGAGUCCUUAUGCCAUUCUCUACAUCAAUGACAACAAGGUGUACCAAACUCGCACCAAGCUGAGAAACCCUAGUCCUCACUGGAAUGCAAUCACUGAGCAUUUCAUCAGAAACUAUGAAGACGCCUCUAUUCGUAUCUCUGUCAAGACGGCCAUGGACAUUGAGCGUGAUCCUGUUCUGGGCACCAAGUCAUUGCAUCUGAAAGACUUGUUUAUAGACCAAGAAGACAAGUUCAAAGAAGUGCAGCAAUGGAUUCCUCUUACAAAUGGUAUCGGCUUUGGCAAAAUCUUGUUGUCCGUCAAGUACAAGCCUGUGAAGAUGACACUCCCCCGUGAAUUGCAAGGAGCUGAUGUUGGCACUCUGAUUGUCGAAAGAAUCAGCUUCACCAAUCUCAAAGAACCUUUCAACGACAAUAACAUCAAUUCCACCAAGGCUACAUUGGCUCUCAAUGUCGACCCUGUUAUCAUUAAGCGUCUCAAGGCCAAGAACAUUUCUAAACCUCAGCCUGAUGGCGAACAGGAGAAUGACGAAACCAAGACAAUCGAACGUGUGGGUCCUUAUGGCUGGUACAAUCAGCAUUUGUAUUUCCCUAUUAUGAUGCGUUAUCGCACUGCACUUUAUGUCCAUAUCACACAAGGCUCCAUUUCGACCACCAAGUCUACAGGCCGUUUCUGGUUGAAGGAGAUGGUAGACGACCAAUGGCAAGACAUUGUUGUGGGCCUCCAUCCCCAUCUCAACGAAAAGACCAAGGAGGCGAAUCGCAAUGAGGAUUCCUGGCCUAAAGAAGGAGAAUUCGGCCAAGUGACCAUCCGUAUGAAGCUGAUCCCAGGCUUCUCUCCUGUGCACACCCAUUUGAGAACAUUCAACAAGGACUUUGUUGGCGCAGAUCCCUUCUACAAUGACGCACUCAAAUUUAAGGCUCAAAAGUGGAUCAAGGAGCAGAAUGACAAGAAGAAGGAGAAGGGAGAGGACGAUGAUGACACUGACGAAGUGCCCUUUGAUUACGACAUGCAAGCUGCCGUGCAAGCUGAGAAGAGUCGCCAAAUUGAAACUGAAGAAGCUGACAGAAACGAGCGCAGAAGCUCGAGCUUGUCCUCUGAAUACGGCGAAGAUGAGGAUGAGGACGAUACUGACAUGGAUGACACUGAAUUCCAGGCAGACAUGAUUGACCAGCGAAAGAAGAAAAACAUCAGCAAGCACCGUGUGGUUCGCAAAGUAGCAUGGAGCCUUGAUAAAGUCAAGAAUAAGGUUGAUGUAUUAAGAGAAGGCUUCAAUUCAGAGGCCAGGGCCAGUAGAUCUGUCGCAAAAGAAGUUUAA